GCGGCGGCAGGGGGCGGGGCCGAGAUGGUAACGGACGCGCCCAGGAGCCGCGCUGCAGAGAGGGCCAUCGUGCGACCGCUGCCGCAGGCGCUUGCUCCGAGUAACCCUGCGGCUCCGCUUCUGCCAUGAUGAUCCACGGCUUUCAGAGCAGCCACCAGGACUUCUCCUUCGGGCCUUGGAAGCUGACGGCGUCCAAGACCCACAUCAUGAAGUCUGCGGAUGUGGAAAAGUUAGCUGACGAGCUGCACAUGCCAUCCCUCCCUGAAAUGAUGUUUGGAGACAACGUUCUAAGGAUCCAGCAUGGCUCUGGCUUUGGAAUAGAGUUCAAUGCUACGGACGCACUGAGAUGUGUGAACAACUAUCAGGGCAUGCUCAAAGUAGCUUGUGCUGAAGAGUGGCAGGAAAGUAGGACGGAGGGCGAACACUCCAAAGAAGUUAUUAAACCAUAUGACUGGACCUAUACAACAGAUUAUAAAGGAACGCUGCUUGGAGAAUCUCUUAAGUUAAAGGUUGUACCUACAACAGAUCAUAUAGAUACAGAAAAAUUGAAAGCCAGAGAACAGAUUAAAUUUUUUGAAGAAGUUCUCCUGUUUGAAGAUGAAUUGCAUGAUCAUGGUGUUUCCAGCCUGAGUGUGAAAAUUAGAGUGAUGCCUUCCAGCUUCUUUCUGCUGCUGCGGUUUUUCCUGAGAAUUGAUGGGGUGCUCAUCAGAAUGAAUGACACGAGGCUUUACCAUGAGGCUGACAAGACCUACAUGUUACGAGAAUAUACAUCCAGAGAGAGCAAAAUUGCUAAUUUAAUGCAUGUUCCACCUUCCCUCUUCACGGAACCUAAUGAAAUAUCACAAUAUUUACCAAUUAAGGAAGCAGUUUGUGAGAAGCUCGUAUUUCCAGAAAGAAUUGAUCCUAACCCAGUGGACUCACAAAGUACGCCCUCAGAAUAAAAUGUGGUACAGCAGACUCUCUCCAUGUGGAACCUGACUGGAAACCUUGGCUAUUUGUAGGGGUAUUUUUAUUAUGAGAAUUAAUUUCCUUGCUUAUGCGCAGAUUUUCUGUAGCCUUAAAGGAAAAUAAAAGAUUGCUGCAGGCAGGUUCCACACAACUCCUGUUUAUCCUGUCUGUUUUCAAGUUCCUGCUCCAGAGAGAGAUGUGCUCUGGAGCUUACGUCAGCAGUGAUGUGUGUGGGUCUCAUGAGGGGACAUGGUCUGCAUCCGGCCUGAAGCAUCGUCUUCACUGUGAGGAGGCUGACUGUAAGGCUGUCACUGAGCCCCGAUGCCUGGGACCUGCCGGCCGCCAUAGGAUGCUGACUGCAUGCUGAUGUGCUACUCUGGCUCUUGGCUGUGGGCUUUCUGGUGUUUGUUCGCACUUACGGAGAGUUGUGACAUGUCACCUACAAAAUUAAUCUUGUAUUAGUCAUUAGUUGGAGUUUCUGGGCAACAUAUUGUGUGUGUUUGUACACACAAGUAUUUUUUAAAUCUUUUCAUUUAAAUGUCUUUGUCUCUGAGUAGUGUUAGAUUACUUAUUUUGAUAAUUCAUUGUUAAAAAUUGUGGAGAAUUAAAAUAAAAUAAUUGACUUUUUAAAAAAAAUUAAAGAGGUGGGCGGUGGGGAGGAGGAGUGUGCAUCUGAAGAUUGUAUUAGUGUAUCCCUGUGAGGAGUACCCAGGUGUGUCCUUGGCCAUUUCUAAAUAUGACAUAUGCCAUUUUAUAUUUAUUUGUCCAAGUGUCUUUUGUAAGAGGAGAAUAAAUAAUAAGGAAUUAUGUAUUCAUAGUUUGCUGUUUAUUUCAGCUUUUCUUAGACUUACUUGAAGAUUGGAUUAGGAUGUAUCGUUCUCAUUUAUUUUGUUCUGAACCCGUUCAGUAUUGCAGACACAUUUCCCACGCAGAUUACAAAUGGAAACUGCUAGGUAUGAACGCGAUCCCCUAGUUUGUUCGCCUUUAAGCGCCUGUCUCUCUUCUCCCUCUGCUCCUUACACUCCUGAGGGCACUUUUAAGUAGUCAGAACACAUGGGUACAUGUCAUGCAUAGCAUCCCCUUCAGUUCUGAGUACCGUGUUCUCUGAUGUGGUAUAAGGGAUUACAUAAUGAAGCGAUAGAAUGUGGUUGGUCCUUUAUACGGCGAGUGCUGUGUAUGUGGAGUCAUCCGGCUCCUCAUCAAACAGUUGAAAACAUCCCAGCGAUUAUGACCACGCACAGACUUUCUGUUGUCAUUCCCUGACUGUCAGUUUUAGCUAUUUGCCUUGUAUUAGGUAUUAUGAGUGAAAUACAGGGUAAUUUAUAGUGUAUGAGAGGAUCUGAUGGCUUAUUUUUUAUUUUGGUAUUUAUGUGAAUGUGAACCAAAUCUCCUAUGGUGACCGAGACAACUUUUUGUGGGGUUAAGGUCCGCCAGAGAAUGCAGAAGCAUCUACACGUGGUGUCAGAUGUGAUGGCAGAAAUAACAACUUGAGAAAGAUGGGAGGAGCGACUUUGGUAUUCCUCUCUGCUUUUGAAGAAGCUGUCGCAGGCCUUGAGAUUGUCAUUACCAUAACCAGGGAAAAAGCCAGGCAGUCAAAAAAAUUACCAUGCCUUGAACAACUGAAAGUGGGAUUACAAAACAAACUGAAUCUCAAAGAAUGGGAAGCUCCAAGGAGAAAAAGGACAGAGACUGCCUCCUCUUCAGAGCACAAGAGAAAGGUGGCUAAUAUCACCACAGCCAACAUCUUACUUCAAGAUAAUCACAUCAUUUAGUCUUCCCUUCCGUCCUCUCAGCCUGUCAUAUGCUCCUCCCUGCUCUUUUCAAAUUCAUAUAUGCAUGACUGUCUAGCUUCUAAAUAUAUAAGUACAACCUGCCCACACUGUAUAAUGUUACUUGCAUGUAUGUUUUCAGGGCUGACCAUUUGAAGUUAGAUAACUAAAUUAUGCUGUUCCCUGGGGAAGAGUGUUUGCACCUGUCUCGACAUUCCUUAAUUUACUGUAGUUCAUUGUGUAGGAUCAUUUUACAAGUUCUUUUUUUUUUAAAAAAAAAGAUCUAUUCUGUAUAUUUGAGUACACUGUUGCAGUCUUCAGACAUACCAUAAGAGAGCAUCAGAUCCCAUUUCAGAUGGUUGUGAGCCGCCAUGUGGUUGCUGGGAAUCGAACUCAAAACCUCUGGAAGAGCAAUCAGUGCUCUUAACAGCUGAGCCAUCUCUCCAGCCCCAUUUUAUAAAUUCUUAAAGGCUGUGUGAGGACUAGUGUGUCAUUUUUGGAAUAGCUACAAGUCUCAUUUAAGGGGACUUACUAACUUUCUCAGUUAAGGAUUUGCCUCUUAGAUCCAAAGGUCUGUGCCUGGAAAAGAACCAAGCGGAGCUCACGAAAGUCCUGGUAAGGAGGCCAGGCAAGCAGGAAGUAACUGGGGACAGGGGUAAAGCCCUGCCCACCUACCCUAGGUUCCGAGCUCUGAAGGGUUUAAAUGCCUUAGGGUGUUGUGGGGAAAGCUGCAAAAACCUGUUUUCAUCCCUAUUGCAUCUGACAAAGCCUACUUGCCCCUGGAGGAGGAGUGGAGGGAGAGUCCUGGACAGGCAAAGGACAAUUCCUACCAAAGAAGGAAUGGAAGCCAAACUUGGCUGACUUGAUGAGGAACUGGAAAGCAGCGUGGACCAUAGUUGCAUAUGCAGAAUACUGAGGACUGCUGCCUCUGGUGGGAGGGUGCUGGUGACGUUCUUCACUUGGGACCAUUGAUUUAAGGUUGGGUUUCCCCCGAUUGCUGAAUGAGGUGCAAGUGUCGAGAAGGCCACAUCCUGAAAACCAGAUACGGCUGCCCACAGCAGGCUAGCCAAGGUCAACAGAGAAAACUUUCCUGUACCCCAAAGUGAGCCUGGGGGCCACUAGGUAAGAAGGAAACCAGUCUAUGUCAAAGGAAGAACAAAGUGUUGCUCCCUAUCUCCUAAUGGAGUAGGCAUUGGGGACCUAAAGCUGAGGAUAAGCAGUACUUUAAAACACACAGACUGCUGGGAAGCGUGGAAUUCCAGCUUUAGUUUGAACUACAUGGUGAGACUUUUUCUAAGAAAACCAAAGGCUGGAGAUGCUGCUCUGCGGUUAAGGGUGAAUAUGCUUAAGAGCACAGGUUCAAUUCCCAGUAGUGCAGAAACAAAAACAGCCUGUUAGCUGGGGUUUAUGGGGACAGUCAUACCUAUGGGAAUACCUAGUAAUCAUUUGGUGAUUGGAUGAUGAGGGAAGCUAUGCAAUGGGCACAUUUACUUACAUAACGAGGCAAGCUUUCUGUUACUCAUUUCUCACAAUUAUAAAAUGUAUUAUGAAUAACAAAACAUCAUAACUGAUAAUGCUUGUUGUAGAAACUAGAGAUGCUCUGAUUUCUUCUUCCUUCUUAUGGAAUUCUUUUUCAUUUGUUUGAAAUACUCUGAGAAUCUAAUACAUAUACAAUGUG